AUGAUAUUAUUGAUUUUUUAUUAUGCAUCGACUUCUUCCGUUCCAAUAAUAGAUGAAAAUAAAAAACAAGAAUCACGUCCAGAAUAUCCAUUACUUGAUACAAAAUUUAAUCAAUAUCAAAUUGCAUAUCGUUAUCGACAUAGUCUUGAACUUUUACGUGGUUAUCUUGUUUAUCGAUUAUUUUCAAUUAAUUUACUUGUUAAUAAUCAAGAUAAAAUUGCUCGUUUGGGUCGUCGUAUUCUUGGUGAAAAAUUAUUUCAAAAAGUAUUAAAACUAACGGCAUUUGGUCAUUUUGUUGGUGGUGAAAGUCCACAAGAAAUUAUACCAGUAAUUGAAAAAUUACAAAAAUAUAAUGUUAGACCUAUUUUAGAUUACAGUGUGGAAAGUGAUGAUACGAAUUCAUCAGCUUCAUCAGAUGCUGAUCGUUUACUUGAUCAUAAUACAACAAAAUUUAUUGAAUGUAUUAAAACAUCACAUGAUAUUUGUGGUGCAAAUAAUUUAAUAGCAGUUAAAGUAACUGCUUUAAUUCAUCCAAGUGUAUUGAAAAAAUUAAAUACAGUAUUAAAAUCUUUGGGAGAUCGUUUAAUAUUACCACCAUUAUUUGAAUUAAUUAAUCAAGAUAAAUCAAAUGAAGAAAUAAUUACAAGUUUUCAACAAUCUAUUCAUUCAUAUUUUCAAAAAGAUCAAGAAACAUCCUCAAAUGUUGUACUAACACCGAAUGAUUUAAUGGAUAUUUAUAAGCUUCUUAUACGAUUAAAUAAAAUAGCUCAAGCAUGUGUUGAAUAUAAAAUAUCUAUAAUGGUUGAUGCUGAACAAACAUAUUUCCAAACAGCAAUUAAUUAUCUUGCAACUGAAUUACAACGAUAUUAUAAUAAAUAUAAUGUACCAUUUAUUUAUGGAACUUAUCAAUGUUAUUUGAAAGAAACAUUGGAAUGUUUAAAACAUGAUUUAGCUCUCGCUGAAAAAUAUAAUUAUAUAUUUGCAGCUAAACUUGUACGUGGUGCAUAUAUGGAACAAGAACGUCGUUUAGCUCAAGAGCAUGGAUAUGAUGAUCCAAUAAAUCCUGAUUUUGAUACAACAUCACAAAUGUAUCAUACAUGUCUUGAUGAAGUAUUAAAAAGUACUGUUAAACGGUCACCUAAUCAAAUUAGAAUUAUGGUUGCUUCACAUAAUGAAGAUACAAUUCGAUAUGGUAUUCAAAAAAUGAAAGAUUAUGAUAUUCGUCGUGGUUCAUCAAUUAUUUCAUUUGCAUCAUUACAUGGAAUGAGUGAUUAUGUUGCUUUUGCUCUAGCAAAUUCUGGUUAUAAAACAUAUAAAUAUUUACCAUAUGGACCCAUUGAAGCUUUAGUACCAUAUCUAUUUCGACGUGCUCAAGAGAAUCGAUCGAUUUUUCUCAAAGCUGAUAAGGAUCGACGUUUUCAUCUCAAAGCACUUAAGGAUCGAAUGGUUAAUUCCAAAAAUUAA